ACAUUAAGAAAGAGAAUGCGCUGAAAUUGCCGCAUGUACGGCGUUUGUGUGACAGCUAGGGCGCGUACACACCGGCCUGCGUGCAGGGCGAAUGACUUUUUAAAAACGCGCGAAGGAGAGGGAGCGAGAGAGAAAGGGAGAGAGAGAAGCGGAAACGCCGCGGAUGGUGGAGUCACUGAAGUCUGCUGGAGUCAACGAUCGGGUAACGUCGCGGUAACGUCGCCGUCAAGGGUUCAUCGGCGUGGACGAUGAUGACGGCGGUGUUGCGGGUGCAUGAACCCAAUGAACCCACCGCGAACGGAAUCGACGAGGCACGCGAUUGAUCGAUGCCGUGGCCGCGAUGCGCGCCGAGGCCGUGCCGCCGCCGUACGACAGCCGAGACGUCGUUAAUCAAACCGUCGAUUGACCGAGCGAAUAGGCGACGAGCGUGCGUAUUCCGGGGGACGGGGCGGCUCACACACCUUCCCUCGAACGAGCGCGAAGGGCGGAUAAAGAGAGAGAGAGUGAGAAAGGAGGAGAAAAAAAGAACAGGAGGAGGGAGAACGAACGAAUAAAAACGAAUUGAAUUCCUGCGCUCGGUGGUAACGUUACGGUGCCGGAACUGCAGCCCGACAAACUGCGACAAACCGUCAGUUUUUCUCCGCGCGGGACUGCGCGGGACAGCACAAAUCGCGGGUGUUUGAGAGAGACAGACUGUCAGACUGAACGGACGGGCGGGGAAUAGCGAGAAAGAAGGAACAAGAAAGAGAGAGUGAGAGAGAACAAUUGGGAGGGUUAGAUGAAGGAGGGAGUACGUUUCGAUAGAGCAAGUGCAAGCGGUGCAAUCACAGCCAGCGACGACGAGGAACGUCCGGACGGUAGGUGGUACGAGCGAAGGACCGACCGAUCGGCUGGCGCGUGGACGGAUUAGCCUUGAAAGCCACCUCUUUACGAUGGACGAGUGCAUGCUGAAUGACUUGUUGGAGUGCUCGGUAUGUCUGGAGCGGCUCGACACAUCUAGCAAGGUGCUGCCGUGCCAGCACACGUUCUGCAAGAAGUGCCUGGAGGAGAUCGUUAGCACUCAUCGCGAACUACGCUGCCCAGAAUGCCGCGUCCUCGUGGACGCCAAAGUGGAUGACCUGCCGCCAAACGUGCUGCUGAUGCGCAUCCUCGAGGGAAUGCGCAACGCCGCGCCGAAGAACCAAAUCAAGUCGGCCGCGUUGCUGUCGUCGAGAUCCACCUCGACAGGCGGUACCGCCGUGCCCCAACGACUGUUUGGCGGUCAUCAGGUCGCUCCGGCACCCGCCAUCGUCACCGGCAACCUCGCGCCUGCUAUCGCCUCGGAACCAGCAGUGCGACAUUCUAAUGCCGCUGCCAAGCAGGUGCAUCUACACAAUCAGGCGUAUGGAAGGGCGAUCUAUGAUUAUGUCUCCAAGGUGCCAGGCGAUUUGAGCUUUAAGAAGGGUGAUAUAGUCAUCCUUCGGAAGAAGAUUGACAACAAUUGGUACUUUGGGGAGUGUGGCAAUAAUCAUGGUGUCUUUCCUCUGUCUUACGUUCAGGUGAUGACGCCUUUGACACCGCAUGUACCUCAAUGUAAAGCGCUAUACGAUUUUAGGAUGACAAAUGAUGACGAGGAUGGUUGUCUAACUUUUAAUAAGGGGGAAGUUAUCAGCGUUAUCAGAAGAGUUGAUGAAAAUUGGGCAGAAGGUAAACUCUUGGACAGAAUUGGUAUCUUUCCAUUAGCUUUUGUCGAGCUGAACAGUGUUGCCAGAGCUUUGAUGAAACUUUCAACCAACGUACAACCGGGACCGUCAAGAGUAGCUCCGCCAACUCCAACAAACGAAGAAACUACACCGUUGAUACCAACUGAUCACUCACGUAAUGUGCAAACAACAAGUCAGUCUCGACCACAACUGGUACAGGUAUCUGAUUCUGUCUCGAACGUAUCAUCUGGUGGCAGCUCCACGACUACUACACCAAAUACCCCUAACAGUUCGACCACGUCCAGCAGUUCCAGUACUGCUCCGAGCAGCCCUGGCAGUCCCGCGACGUCGCCACCCGCGGUCGGCAACAGACAUAGCGUUAAACGUCAUAGUUUUACUGCUGUCAAUACAGGUCAUCAUGCACAUCCCCAUCAUAGACAUAGUGCUGAAAUACUUAGUCCUCCGGUAGACAAUACCCCUAAUAACGCCAAUAAUAGCGGAGGCAAUGAAUCAUUUACCUCUUUACAAACGAGCGGUAGUUGCACAGAUCACAAUCUUCGUCAUAGACGAAGUGGUAGCAGCGAUCUCGUUCUCGCUCAAGCGUCACAAAGUAUACCCAUUGGCCAAACUACCAGCGCAUCUGGUGCGACGCAUUUACCAGCGGCGUAUGUAGCAUUGUAUCCGUACAAGCCUCAAAAAGCGGACGAACUCGAGUUACGAAAGGGCGGAAUUUACAUGGUGACGGAACGUUGUCAAGACGGAUGGUUCAAAGGAACGUCCAAUCGUACUCAGAAGUGUGGAGUUUUUCCUGGGAAUUACGUUGCACCUGCUAACAGAUGUCAACGCGGGCUGUGUCGCGGAUCUCCAAACUCACCGAGCCAACACCAAGGAUCACCACUAUCGAAUGCCUCGUCAAAUGCCGAGUCACGUUUGGCAGUGACAUACACGAAGAGCAAGGGUCCCUCGCCGCAACCUUAUAAUCCUCGCACACUGCCGCCACCUGAAUUACCGCCGCGCGCCAUAAGUCCAUCCACAACAACUGUAUCUUCGUCCUGGCAUGGCGCCGCUCAGUCGAAUCAGGGAUCGAAUCAAGAAACUAGUCCGCCCCGACACAACGAUCAGAAUACUACUCCGCUCGGGCGCAGUCAUAGCGCAGUGAUGACGGCAAAUAUUUCUUCCCCCGGUAAACAAAUUACUGUGACAUCGUCGCUACAACCGGCAAGUAGCACUAACAACGAUUGCAGCCGCGUUACCAUCCCCGCUCCUUCUUCUUCCACUGGCGACAUGAACAGAAGCCCGAAUAAUACUCUGCGUGUAGCGAGUGGUAUCACUUCCUCGAAUGCAGCCGCGACAGCAUCUAGAACCACGGAAAAGCCGAAAGAAAAGAAGGAUAAAUGUGUUUCCUUGAUGCGACGUUUGACCAAUAUUAAAAAAUCUAAAUCGCCUCCACCCACUACAUAUUCGAUGGAUAAUCCUGUAUUCGACGAUGGUAAUUCCGUCAAUCCGAUGCACGUUCGAUCGGGGUCUUGUCCAAGUCAAUUGCUACAGGUGGUACCCACACAGGAAUUAAAUGCUUCAAACAGCCCACACCGCUUAUGUCCAGGCUCUGUGCAGGGACACGUCACAUCCUCACAGAGACUGAAAUACAAGGAGAGACCCUCCUUACCAGUGUCAGUAAUCCAGAGAUCCAACGAAUCCGGUGCAAUGGUAUGCUCGACUGUUGGAAACCAUCAUCGCAAGAGUAAUUCGCUAGACGCUGGAAUGGGAAAGCAAAUGAAGCAGCAAUCGUCGCGCGAUCGCACGGGAUAUAGAUUCCGUUGUAUCGUACCGUAUCCACCUAAUAGCGAGUUCGAGUUGGAACUUCGUGUGGGUGACAUAAUAUACGUGCAAAAGAAGCGUGACGACGGAUGGUACAAAGGUAUGCAGCAACGUACCGGCCGUACCGGACUAUUUCCGGCUAGUUUUGUGGAAGCUUUCUGAGACCCGAUACAAGGUCGUCUAGUGUUAGAAACUUGUAUAUAACUUGGCCUUUUGUGUAAGUAUUUACACGAUAUAUUCAAAUCGGGGAUCUUCUCGAUACGUAUUCACGCGUACUUGGUUUUCACUGACGUUUUCUGAAAUAUCAUUGACUUCGAAGCUAUUAAUGCAUGUAUGCUGUAUCUCGAGUUGUGCAAUGUAACGUACGUACAGCCAUUGUGUGAACUUAAUGGGCCAUUAAUGAGCGUGUUGUAAUAAACCGUCGCGUAGGUGAUCAACGACGCGUCGAACUGAAUGAACGCAUUCACACGAUGGGUGCAAUAGGAAAUUUUAGCGCAAAGUAAUUAUACAUAUUUUACAUGUAAAUAUGUGCGAGAAAUGACGAAGGAUAGUACGAACACGACGCUAUAACUAUUUGGAACUUAUACUGCCAUCGGUUAUGUAGGCGUGCGUAACUAUAACAAGAUAACGAAUUCAUUUUACACGUUACUGCCAUUUGCGAUCAUAAGAGAAGGAAUAUCUCAUUUUAAACUACUAAUUGAUCAUAAGAGAAGGAAUAUCUCAUUUUAAACUACGAAAGUUGCUGUCUUUUUUCAAAACACGCGCAGUACGUAUAAAAGAGAUUUAAUAUGGGUUGUGUAAUAAUCAAGCUUACGCCGGUCAAAUCGUUCAUGACACGUAAUUAAAGUAGAAUUAUAGAAUAAACAAAGAAAUUGCAUAUAGAGAAGAGGGAGUCUUUUUAGAAAAGUCUAAAUAUCUCGGAGCAAACGCAUAUAUAAUACGAAACAAUAAGUGCAAACAUGUGUUUAUGUGGUAGUGUUGGAUUUCCACCACUUCCACCACUAGUGUUGAAUGAUGGAAUUGUAUUUGCUAUUGUUUAGGACUGUAUAUGUCCGUGCAUAAAGUCAAUAUAGUUCAAUUGAAACUUGAAAUUCCAUCAUUUUCGACUUUAACGAGAUUUAAGCGCAUUAUCACAUGGAUAUCUGUAGAAUUGAUCCUGAGAUAUUUAGGAUUAUGAAUAUUUGUGAUCCAUAUUUAUUAUCAGUCAUACUGAAUUUUAUAUAAUUUUUUUUCCUUCAUCUGCCAUUGUAGACAAUCGGCUUACUUAUUGCCGAUAACUUAUUAUAUGCUUGCGUAUCAAAAAAUAUGUUAUACAAGAGCACAACCAAUAAUUUAAUUAUUGACAUUAAGACUGGAUUGUGUUUUGAAAUUAUUGACCGAGAUUAGAUGAAUAUUUUUUCUUAAUGGGUAUAUCCAUUAUAUACCCCCGCCGUAUAAAGGAAGAUGUUCUAUUUUAACAAACAAUUUAGAUUGUUUUAGGCAAUUUAGCUAAGAUAUUUAGAAAAUGGCCUUGAUAUGCGCAAUGUUGAUGUAUUAUUAUAUACUUUGUAUACACUGUUUUAUAACUCGAUUUAUAACUUGUUUUCUAAUUUAUAAAGUCACGCAAACAUCCAUGGCAUGAUGGUAAGUUAGCUGUUUAAGCAGCUAAUUUGAGAUAAAUAUCCAAUAAAUUAAAGUGCUUCCAUUAUCUGAUUAAUGAUAUAGGUAUAAAUUUUGUUAUGUUCUUUAUAUUUUCUAUUAUUAUUCUUAUUAAUUAUACAAUUUUGCGCAAUCGGUUUUUAUAAAUCUUUAUACUUAUGCCGUUAAAAAAUGUUUUAUUAAUUAGCAUUGUAUUAAUUACACAUCUUUUAGAGUUUAUGAUUAAGUCGCAAAAGUGUACCUUAUUUGAAUAUAUUAUUCAAUAAUUAUAUACAUCAAUUGUACAUAUAUUACGUGUAUAAAUAUGUAGAGGGUAUACUUGUAUAUAUAAUAAUCAUAAUGCUCAAUUGAUUAACGUUUACGCAUAAGUAAUAUAUCUACAUUUAUAUAUUUAAAUUUAGACAUGCAUAUAUUGCACAAAUCCAGGUGUAAACAGGAAAACCUAUAUACAUCGUACAUGAUAUAAUUUUGAUCGUAUAUGUAUACGCAUACGUAUAUAAUCUGAAUGCAUAUAUUUAUAUUCAUUGUGACCAUUUAAUGACACUUUGUAACUUUAUUGUAACUGAUAUUGUAGGAGUUUGCAGAUAUCUCAUUAUCUAACAAGAGAAAAAAUCUAAUGCCCAACGAACAAUAUUAUAAUACAAAGAGAACAUUGCACAAUAUAUUGUAAGGAUGAAAGUCACAAAAAAGACAAUUCACUUAGAGAGCGAAAGAGAAAGUAUUCUCUACAGUAUACUUUCUCUUUCAGAAUUUUUACCAUUAAUUUUAUUGACGAAAUCAGAUUCAACUAUGUACUAUAAUUAUUAGUUCUAUAUUGUAUUUCUAACUAAUUGACAUACAAAAUGUUGUAAAUAUAAUCGCGACAUCUGCAAAGUCCUAUGAUAUGAAGAAUUUUGUUGGUUUUGUUGAAAUGCAAAACAAAACAUAUACCAGAUACCAGAAAAUGAUUUAUGUUACUAUCAUGCAACAAUUGCAAAAAGGGUAAUGGAAAACGUCCACCUUUGAAGUUAAGGAAAGAACAUUACCUGUAAAUCUACAAGUGAAUAAUUUUCUGUGGCCAUCAAACUAUUAGAAAAUAAAACAUAGAAGGAUUAGUGUAGUCGAUAAGAAUUACAAAACUUAUCGACAUUGAUGAAGUCUACAUUAUGAUAGGAGAAGUUUACGAGGGAAAGUGUGACUUAGAGAUUCUGAACGUUUAUAUACGCGUACGGAGAAAUGUAAUUUUAUAACUAAUCGUCCGGAUGGAGAAGGUGGCUGGAUAUAUUUUUUUAUGUCAGUCACUUUGGCGUGAAAAAAAGUGAACGACCGAUCGACCAUAGGAUCGAAUUUAAUCGAAUCUAGAAUUAUGAUAGUCAGGAAAAAGAAAAAAAAAUAUCUCUUACACUCUUAUGCGAGGGGCCACACUGCGCAUGAUAUGAUAAAUUUGGCAGUCUGUUGUAGUACGAUAUUUAGAAAUUGGAGAAAGGAUGGGAAAUAAAAAAACACGAGAUACAUAAUAUAUAUAUACAUAUUUAUAUGCAAGAAAAACUCAUCUAUUUGUGUUCAUGCGGAUCAUUGGAAUCAUUAUAUCGUAUCUUAUACAAAUUAUUAAUGUGUCUUACGCACAAUAAUGUUUUGCAUUUCGAUCUUGCAUACCUAUCUUUGAUGAAGAAUAUGAAUUUUUGAAUUAGGCUUUUUGUUUUUGCAUCUCUUUCGAUACUUUUGGUCUUGGCAAUUAAAUUGUACAAUUAAAUUUCUUAUGUCAUACUAGAACUGCGUAGAAACUAUUUAUACACAAACUUACAUAUGUGUGUUUUAUAUGACGUACAUUUAAGUAAUUUAUUAUUAAUGGCUUGUAAAGAAGGUACUGUUAAGUUGCGGAUGGAUACAUCAGAUUGACUGUAACGAAUGAGAGACUAAUUAUUAUCUUGUCGCUAUUUUAUAUCGCGCGUAAUACAAAAUCAGGCGUGACACGACACGUGUAAGAUAUUAUUUUCCGCUAUCUUCAUAAUUAUGUCAUUGAUUUAAUAUUGUUGCCCAUAUGUUUUUAUAUAAGUGAGAGCUGCAGGUGUACAAAACGCGUUCACGCAGUAACAGUCUUGAAUCAAAGAGCGCAUGUGCGAUGCGAUUAACCGUCUCUGAGGAUUGUAAAUAUGUUACUGCGAAAUCUGGCGUUCUCGCGACGUUACGGUAAAAGAAAAAAAAAGAUCACGUCAUUAAAGCUAUACUCCCGUAUGCAUAGAGAUGAUGACUCUCCUCCGUUUCGUGGAGAUCGGGAUCUGCUUAGAUUGCAGAACAAGGUAGACGUAGCAUAGGAAUGUAAGACAAAGAUCCGAGUCAAGAGCCUUCGUUUAGACCAAAUGUGUUUCUAGCACUUCUUUCGUAAGGGGGAAACCUUAGAAUAGUCAUUAUAUACCGAUUACUACCUUUACACGCUACUCGGUAUUUUGUCACUAACAUAACAAUGUUCCAACAAAUCUAUGUCGAUGUCGUGUCCAAGCGUAAUUUACAUAUAUACAUAGGUAUCGUUUAAUAUUUAAAUAGCAUACAAAACCUAUAAUAAAUUCCUUCACGUGGCUAUCACAAAUGCCGGA